AUCAAGAAACCUUAAGAAAAGAAACAGAUAAAUUAUUAAAAAAUGGAAUUAUUGAACACUCAACAUCACCAUGGUCUUCACCUGUCGUAUUAGUUAAAAAGAAGGAUGGUACAACAAGAUUUUGUGUUGAUUAUCGUCGUUUAAACCAAAUUACAACAAAAGAUGCUUUUCCUCUACCAAGAAUUGAUGAUAUUUACGACCAAUUAACAAAAGCAACAUAUUUUACAAAAUUUGAUUUUAAAGCUGGAUAUUUUCAAGUACCAUUAGACAAAUUAGAUCGACCAAAAACAGCAUUUUCAACUCGAGACGGACAUUUUCAAUUUAAAGUAUUACCACAAGGUCUUACUAAUGGACCACCAACAUUUCAACGUAUUGUUAAUCAAAUAUUAGGUCCAAACAGAUGGAAACAUGUACUCGCCUAUAUCGAUGAUAUUAUUAUUUAUUCACAAAAUUUUAAUGAACAUUUAAAACAUAUCGAAGAAGUAUGUUUAUUAUUACAAGAAGCCAAUUUUAAAUUAAAUGUUGACAAAUGCGAAGUUGCAAGAGCAGAAAUAUUAUUUCUUGGACAUUUAAUUAAAGCAGGUACUAUUAAACCUGAUCCAGACAACAUCCGUGGUUUGACCGAAACACGUGAACCAACAUCAGCUGAAGAAGCAUUUAGAUUCGUCAAAGCAGCAGAGUAUUACCGAAAAUUUAUUCCAAAAUUUUCCACCAUCGCUGCACCAUUACAUAAAUAUUCUCCAGCAACAGUACAACAACAGAAGAAUAACAAAAAAUUAAAAUUUGAAUUAUCUGCUGAAGCUAGAACAGCAUUCCACCAACUUAAGAAAAUAUUAACAACUGAUCUUAUUCUCGAUUUACCUGAUGAUACAUUAACAUUUAAAUUACAAACUGAUGCUUCUGUAGAUGGAAUCGGGGCUGUUUUAUUACAAAUGACCCCCAAUGGUGAUCGACCAUUAGCAUAUGUGUCAAAGAAAUUAACAAGAACACAAAUUAAUUGGCCAACAAUUGAACAAGAAUGUUAUGCAAUAGUACAAGCAAUAGAAAAAUGGGACAAAUAUCUUCGUGGACAUGAAUUUAUAUUAGAAACUGACCAUGAACCAUUAAUUCAUUUUGCAAA